CACUGAACUCCAGACUCCUCCUCCGGUGUGACUGUACGUGCCCUGCGUCUUUGCGCUCCUCUCUUUCCCCUACACACCAGAUACAUCCAGACCACAGACAUGGCUCCGUAAGGGUGCACAUGGCGGCUUGCAGCCAUGAACCAAAAAACAACUCACCAAAAACUACAGAUGCUUCUCCGAUUUGACUGAUUUUCGAUUGAUCAACUUCCACAUCCGCCGCAAUAUUCUUCAGUCCGGUUUUCAGCAUUCGGGAGAGGCUGCUUGCUUGCAACUCUCACUCUGUCUCCAUUUCCUCCAGACAAUUUUACGUUCUUGCUCAACCCGAAAUAACAGUAGAUAUCAUAUUGUACAACAACAGUUAUGGGUGUGCAGGGUUUCCAGGAAUACAUAGAGAAGCACUGCCCCAAUGCCGUGGUGCCGGUGGAGCUCCAGAAACUCGCCUGCGGGAGUCUGGUCGGCGGCGGCCGGCAGAGACCCCCUCAAACUCCGCUCCGGCUUCUAGUGGACGCCGAGAACUGCCUGCACCGGCUCUACGGCGGCUUCUACACCGACUGGGUGAGCGGGGGCCAGUGGAACCACAUGCUCGGAUACCUCGCCGCCCUCGCCAAAGCCUGUUUCAACGGCAACAUCGAGCUGCUAGUGUGCUUCAAUGGCGCCCUGGAGAAAGGCCGUCUCCACGAGUGGGUCAAGCGACAGGUGAACGAGAGGCAGACCGCCCAGCAGAUCGUCAGCCACGUCCAGAACAAGGGUACCCCGCCGCCCAAGGUCUGGUUCCUGCCCCCGGUGUGUAUGGCCCACUGCAUCCGCCUGGCGCUCCUCAGGUUCCACAUCGGGGUUGUCCAGACCAUCGAGGAUCAUCACCAGGAAGUGAUUGCCUUAUUUAGAGAAAAUGGGUUCCAUGGCCUGGUUGCCUAUGAUUCUGAUUACGCCCUGUGCAACAUCCCGUACUACUUCAGUGCCCAUGCUCUCAAACUCAGCCGCAACGGCAAAAGCCUCACCACCAGCCAAUACCUGAUGCACGAAGUUGCCAAGCAACUUAAUCUCAAUCCAAAUCGUUUUGUCAUUUUUGCUUCACUUUUAGGGAAUCACAUACUGCCUGAUGAAGACUUGGCUGCCUUUCACUGGAGUUUACUUGGGCCUGAGCACCCUUUAGCAUCCUUGAAGGUCCGUGCCCACCAACUCGUUCUUCCUCCAUGUGAUGUUGUCAUAAGAGCCGUGGCAGAUUAUGUCCGCAACCUACAAGAUGUCCAUGACCUGGAUGCUAUUGCUAAAGACAUAUUCAAGCACUCCCAGUCUCGAACUGAUGACAAAGUUGUCCGUUUCAAAAAAGCAGUGGAGUAUUACGUCACCGCCAGCAAGCCCCCUCACUUUCCCCCUUAUUUAGUCAGACCAAAUCAGAUGGGAUUGCCAGCAGCACCGCAGAUGCUUAACAUUCCAGGCAAACCUGGGGUCCAGCAUGGCUAUUCCGGCCCUCCGUUGGCCGAGCCUGUCCAUGAGGCGGACCCGUCAGCUAAAGGGCUCCUAGAACAGAACAGCUACAGCAACAUUCCUAAUGACGGGAAGCAGCACAUGCCGCUCUACGAGAGGUUGUCCCCCAUCAACCAAGCUCACGGCGGCCACUCCAACCACACAGACCCAGCCUUCUUCAUCACCUCGUCCACAUCCUCGUCCUCCGAGAAUGAAGAAAACACAGGCUCCACUGCCAACCACGUAAGUGACCAUAAGGGAUGGGACAAACAGAGAAACCAGAUGGACAACAUCCCAGAAGGAGACCAUGGGGACCAAAAUAAAUCUGAUCCUUCUGUGACCUCCCCUGUAAACCAAGGCCCAGAGGGGAAAGGUCGCGUAGGGGUCAAUGCCCAAAUUCCAUCCCUCCUUUCUAUGCCAACAAGAAAUCACAUGGAUAUUACCACUCCCCCUUUACCAGUGGUGGCACCAGAGGUGCUACGAGUCGCUGAGCACAGACACAAAAAGGGCCUCAUGUACCCAUAUAUUUACCAUGUGCUUACCAAGGGUGAGAUUAAGUUAUCUGUCACCAUAGAGGAUGAAGCUAACAAAGACCUGCCCUCUGCGGUGCAGCUGUACCGACCAGUACGUCAAUAUGUUUACGGGGUGCUCUUCAGCCUGGCCGAGGCCAAAAAGAAGGCAGAGAGACUCGCCAUGUGGAGAAAUCACUUCCCCGAUUAUCCAACAGUGAUUAUAAAAGAAUGGGCUGCUUACAAAGGCAAAUCUCCACACACCCCUGAACUGGUGGAAGCUCUUCCCUUCCGGGAGUGGACCUGCCCAAACCUGAAGAAACUCUGGCUGGGCAAGGCAGUGGAGGACAAGAACCGGAGGAUGAGGGCUUUCUUGGCCUGCAUGAGGUCGGACACUCCAGCUAUGCUGAACCCUGCCAAUGUCCCCACACCUCUUAUAGUGCUGUGUUGCGUGCUACGGUUUAUGUUACAAUGGCCAGGAGUAAGAAUUUUGCGUCGUAAUGAACUUGACGCUUUCCUAGCUCAAGCACUUUCUCCUAAACUUUAUGAGCCUUACCAGCUGCAGGACCUGAAGAUUGAUAACCUGGAUCCACGCGGCGUUCAGCUGGCUGCUCUUUUUAUGAGCGGCGUGGAUAUGGCGCUGUUUGCCAAUGACGUGUGUGGGCAGCCCAUUCCCUGGGAACACUGCUGUCCGUGGAUGUAUUUUGACGGCAAGCUGCUACAGAGUAAACUCAUCCGGGCCAGCAGGGACAAGGCCCCACUUAUUGACCUCUGCGAUGGUCAGACUGAACUAGUUUCCAAGGUGGAGAAGAUGCGUCAGAGUAUCCUGGAAGGUCUGAACUUCUCUCGGCCACCCCAGCCGAUCGUAUUCCCCCCUCCACCUCCACACGCAAUGCCUUUCUACCCCCCCAACAGCACCUUCUACCCUCCACCUCCUCUGCCCCCACUGCAGGGUAGAAGCAGGGGCAUGCCUGGUAAGAAUGAUUGUUAG